AUGGCUUCUGCAAAGUUAACAGUAAUACCACAGAUUCAGCAGCGACUACUUGAUCAUCGCCUGUCGCAUUGCACAUUCAUUGAAGAAGUUAUAUGUAAAGUGCCUGGAAGUCUCAGAAUCCAUCCAUCCCUGUGGAGUAAGGAGGAUGUCAUCCACUGGCUAAGAUGGGCAGAAGAAGAAUACUCUCUCAGUAAAACAGAUGACAGCAAGUUUAUACUGAAUGGAAGAGCCCUGUGCAUUCUUACUAAAGAUGAUUUUAAAUCCCGCUCACCAAGUUCAGGUGAUGUUUUGUAUGAACUGCUACGAUGCAUUAAGACUCACAGACAGGGGCUCACAAGUCAUCCAGACUUCAGCCAGACGAUAAGAAGAUAUGACCACCUCCAUACGAGGACCUGUAUACCAGAAACUUCACAAUGCCAUACAAAGACAAAAGAAACCUGUAUCUCAGACAGUGUCCACCAAGAUACUCCACUUAAUCUUUCACAGCGACUUCCCAGAACUCAGAAGGAACAAGAAUCUCCAAAAAAUGGGGACUGCGUAGACGGAAAAAUAAAAGAUUGCAGACUACUGUGGGAUUAUUUGUACCAGCUACUUGAUGACAAACGCUAUGAACCCUACAUUAAAUGGGAAAACAAAGACUUAAAAGUGUUCAGAGUGAUGGAUCCAAACAAACUUGCUGCGCUGUGGGGAAAUCACAAGAAUCGCCCAAACAUGACCUAUGAGAAGAUGUCAAGAGCUAUGAGACAGUAUUACAAAAUCAAUCUUUUACAAAAAGAAUCUGGACAAAAACUAACAUUUAGGUUUCUGAGGUCACCUAAGGAGAGAUUAACACUGAAGAAGCUACAGCAGCUGGAAGCUAAUGAUGCUUUAGAUUCUAAUGAUGUAUUAGAUUCUAAUGAUGAUGGCAUUGCAAUUUCACUAUGA